GUCUGAGUCCGAGGUGGAUGUAAAACAAUUCCGUCGCAUUCUUGAGCAGAACCGUGUGGAAGACUUUACGGAUAAGUCCUUAGACGAUGAGUCGUUCACCGCAGCACCGUCGGGUGCCGCAUCACCUUAACCCGGUACGAACCCGGUUAAUGGAAGACAUACGAUCGGUCGAUCGGAAUGCUCCCCGUUCAGCUGGGCCUUCCGGCAUCAUGUCCCUCAUCAACCGGAAGGCCAAUCCAGAGUACAACCGUCGGCGAAUAUGGCAAGAAUUGAACAUGCCUACCGAUUGCGAUUUUCUCGGACCGAAUGUGUUCAAUCUGCCGGACCGACUUCUGAAACACAGCUCAAAGUUACGUCCUUCACCGUUAUCCAAACCAAGGCCGGACAAGAGUUCCCAGAAAAAGAAGAUAAGAUCCUACACGGCAUUGAGAAAGGACCGAGAGGAAUUUCGAAAAAAGUUAAUCAAACUAAUCGUACGCAAGGAUCAUGAAAAAGACGACGAAGCCAAUACCUUUCCCAAUGUCGAAGAGCGCGAACUACUGAGAUAUUAUCACUAUAUUAGACACGGCAUCGAUACGGUACACGUUGCACCAAUAGAUAAACGUGUUCUGCAACGCAUCUUGAAGCUUAUACCGAAGCAUCUGGUCAAGUACAAGGAUGCCCUGCGUACCAUAUUCGAUGAGAUCAAAGAUGACUACUCGUUUGCCGUCAAGAAAGCUGUGGUGGAUUUCGUCCUUGGAGAUGCCAUGACCAAGUACAUGAAGAAGGACGACAUUACGGCGGCGCGAUUGGAAAUAAAAGAUCUGAAACUGAAGUGGAAGCACCGAUAUGACGAGAAUCGUACCAAGAUCAAGCGGAAUCUGUUUUCGAUCAAUGCUUGCUCGGAGCAGGUAUUGGAACUGUGGGACACCACCUUCAAAAGCCUGCUUCUGGUAGACAUCAAACAGCUGGUUGAGAAGGGUCAAGCUUACGAUUUGACGGAGUUCACGUCCACGGUGAACCAACAAAUCGAGGAAGCCAAGAUAACGUUGAACGAGAAGUGGUAUGGUGCGAUCAAAAAUAUCUUCAACAAGGGCGUCAAGAAGAAGCUGAUUCCGGAUGAGGCAACGAAGCCCAAAAUGCUGAAGAAGUUUUUCAAUUCUCUGGCUACGCUUAUGACUCGACAACUGCAGAACUUGUGUGUCAACAGCGUAAAGGCUUAUACCAACUACAUCUGCGAUGUCGGGAAAACGAAUCAAGGAUUCCGUUUAACCAUUCUGCUAGAAAAUCAAGAUACUCUUUCGUUUAUACCGAGUUUCUCGAGGUUCCAAGUAGAGAUUGUCAAGGUUAUCGAUAAUAUCAUUAAAGCCGUCAAGAGUUUCAAGCGCAUCGAGAGACAAUUGAAACCUAACUUUCCUUGUCCGGAUCCCAUGUUGAAGCCGGAGAUAUCCAGCGACGUCAUAAAUGAAUGCAAGUUGCGAAUUUACGAUGUCCUUGAGGAACAGCGUAUCGGCCCUGAGCUGCGGAUGCAAGAUUUUGACAAAUACAUGACCUUGAUGAAUGGUACCGACAUUGAUGAAAUCGAACGGUUCAUGGAGAAACGUCCGAGCUUCGAAGAGUACUGCAAGUAUAUACAGCGCUACAAACAAAUGGAAGAUAACGUGGCGAAGGAGAUCUACGGCGUUAUGUCGAUGGGUUUCUACGAGUUUCAUCGUGAGGGACUAAUCGACACGCUGGAAGGUCUGGCCAAGUUCAUGCAGCAGGAGCUGAUCUCCAAAAUGACGGCAGAUCAACAAAGUGCUGCUUCGCAGUUGGCUCAUGACUACGAGGUGAUCGCUACCAAAGUACUGACGAUUCCAAAAGAUACGGCCGAAUUGAUGUCACUGAAAGCUUAUGCUAUAAAAAUGGAAGAGACAACAAUCCCUGAAAUGGAAAACAGACUGAAAGUUAAUUUGAGCCAUCUACUGUAUUUGACCGAUUACACGAUUUUUACUCCGUUGGAGAUAAAACAAAACAAUAAUACCUUCCAAUGGUACAUGAAAAUGGCAACGAUCUUCCAAGAUCACAAGAAUAUCAUCGCUGAAAAAGUAGUAGAGUAUCAAGACUCUCUCAAACGAAGAAUUGAAAACUUCCGUCGUGACUUGGAGAUCUAUUGGGGUCAGGUGAAAGAGUACGACUCGUGGGGAGAGAUAAAAAAUCUACACAAGUAUAGAAAGAAAGCCACUGCUCUAGACAAUAAACUAGAAUCAGCAAUGGAGAAAAUCGAUCAAAUCAACGAAGAAGAAACUGCGUACGGCUGGGAACUGUCUCAGUAUCCACUUCGCAAGCAGUGUCAUGACAAACUGACUCCGUACAAACAGCUGUACGACGCGGGACAGGAAUUCAUGGAUAAGCAUGACCUGUGGAUGCACUCGCAGGUCGGUUUGCAUGACCCUGAACAGGUGGAAGAGACUGUCGGUACGCUCUAUCGAACGGUUUACAAGCUGGAGAAAAAGUUUUCCGAUUCGUACCAAACUCAGCGCUUGGCACAUGAUAUUAAGAUACGUAUUGAUCAAUUCAAGACCCACCUACCGAUAGUGCAAACUCUAGGUAACCCCGGUAUGAAGGAACGGCACUGGGAACAAGUUUCCGAGAUUAUCGGUUUCCCUAUUAAGAUCGCUCCUGAUCUCACGCUGGAAAAGGUUAUUGAUUACGGUUUGGAUGAUUACAUCCAGAGAUUUGAAGUCAUUUCUGAAAGCGCAACAAAGGAGAAUAAUUUGGAGAAGGCGAUGAUCAAAAUGGUCAACGAGUGGAGCGAUAUGGCAUUCGUAGUAUUGCCAUAUAGGGAUACAGGAACGUACAUCCUCUCAGCGAUUGAUGACAUUCAGGUUUUGCUAGAUGACCACAUCAUCAAAACGCAAACGAUGAAAAGCUCGUUGUAUAUAAAACCCUUCGAAGCUGAUAUUUUGGCAUGGGAGAAGAAGCUAAUGUUAUUACAGGAUAUCCUGGACGAUUGGCUUAAGGUACAGGCGACGUGGAUGUAUCUGGAGCCAAUUUUCUCCAGUCCCGACAUCCAAUCGCAAAUGCCUGAAGAAGGUCGUCGGUUCAGCGCGGUGGACAAGAUCUGGAAGGAUCUGAUGAAAAACGUGCACGCUGACACGAAAGUCCUAGCGGUCCUAGAAAUAGACAAAAUGUCGGAGAAAUUGAAGAAGUCGUACAGCCUUCUGGAGAUCAUUCAGAAGGGUCUCAAUGAGUAUCUGGAGAAGAAACGUCUCUACUUCCCACGGUUCUUCUUCCUCUCCAACGACGAACUGCUGGAGAUUCUAUCGGAAACGAAGAAUCCUACCCGUGUGCAACCACAUUUGAAGAAGUGCUUCGAGGGAAUCGCCACGCUGCACUUCACUGAAUCGCUUGAUAUUACCAUGAUGCGAUCGAGUGAAGGCGAAGAGGUUCAGCUGGCCGACGAGGUCUCGACCAGCAAAGCCAAGGGUCAAGUGGAGAAAUGGCUCCUGGAUCUGGAAAAAUCGAUGAAGAAGAGCGUUCACAUCAAAGUAGAUGAGUCCUAUGAGUCCUACACGAAGACUCUUCGGCACGAGUGGGUCUUAAUGUGGCCUGGACAAUGCGUACAAAGUAUAUCGUGUGCCUUCUGGACACUUGAGGUCACUCUGUGUUUUGAUAGUGCCGAACCUCUAGAGGCCCUUGAAGAGUACACGGAGACAUGUAAAACACAGAUUUCGCAUAUUGUUGACCUGGUCAGAGGAAAGCUAGCUCUGCAGAACAGAAUAACGCUAGGAGCACUAAUUGUACUAGAUGUUCAUGCACGCGAUGUGUUAACGGAACUAAUUGAAACUCAUACUACCAAAUCUGAUGAUUUCACCUGGCUAGCUCAACUUAGAUACUACAUGGAAGACAAGAACCUCUCUACUAGGAUGAUCAAUUCGACGCUCAAAUACGGCUACGAAUAUUUGGGUAACACUUCCCGAUUGGUGAUUACUCCCUUAACUGAUCGGUGCUUCCGAACAUUGUUCGGCGCUCUGCAUCUUCAUUUGGGUGGAGCUCCCGAAGGUCCCGCAGGAACGGGCAAAACCGAAACCACAAAAGAUUUGGCAAAAGCAGUCGCCAAGCAGUGCGUCGUAUUCAACUGUUCCGAUGGGUUGGACUAUAUCGCUUUGGGCAAGUUCUUCAAAGGACUGGCAUCAUGCGGUGCGUGGUCUUGCUUCGACGAGUUCAACCGUAUCGAUCUGGAAGUGCUGUCUGUCGUAGCUCAACAAAUUUUGACAAUUCAACGAGGCAUCAACUCUGGAUCUCCAACGCUAAUAUUUGAAGGCACCACUCUGAAUCUGGAUCCAACCUGUGCUGUAUUCAUUACUAUGAACCCUGGAUAUGCAGGACGAUCCGAGCUGCCAGAUAAUCUUAAGGCACUAUUCCGUUCGGUAGCCAUGAUGGUACCAGACUACGCCCUAAUCUCUGAGAUUGAACUUUAUUCGUACGGUUUCCUGAAUGCAAAACCACUGGCCAUCAAGAUCGUUGCAACAUACCGUCUGUGUUCUGAACAGUUGAGUUCCCAACCGCACUAUGACUAUGGAAUGCGGGCGGUCAAGUCGGUACUGAAGGCGGCUGGUGCGUUGAAACUGAGGUAUCCCGAAGAAUCGGAGGAUAUUUUGGUGCUGAGAUCGAUCAAGGAUGUCAACUUGGCCAAAUUUCUUAAUCAGGACGUCCCACUGUUCCAGGGGAUAAUAUCAGAUUUGUUCCCUGGAGUUGUUCUGCCAGAACCGGACUAUGUGGUGUUCAAUGCAGCCCUAGAAAAGGCUUGCGAGCACAACAACAUACAGUGUACUCCGUUCUUCCUCGAAAAAGUACAACAACUGUACGAGAUGAUUGUCGUGCGGCAUGGUUUGAUGUUGGUUGGACCUCCUUUCGGAGGAAAGACUACCGCUUACCGAAUGCUAGCCGAAGCCUUGGGCUACAUUGAGGAACAAGGAGAGAUGGGUGAACACAAAGCUCAAUACACUGUAAUUAAUCCGAAAGCGAUCACAAUGGGACAGCUGUACGGCCAAUUUGAUCCGGUUUCACAUGAAUGGAGUGAUGGUAUUUUGGCAGUCAGUUACCGACAGUUCGCCGUCAGUACGACUCCCGAUAGAAAAUGGUUGAUAUUUGAUGGACCAGUAGAUGCAAUUUGGAUCGAAAAUAUGAACACCGUGCUGGACGAUAACAAGAAGCUGUGUUUGAUGUCGGGAGAAAUCAUACAGCUGGCACCGACAACGAAUCUUAUAUUUGAAGUAAUGGAUCUUGAUGCUGCGUCACCGGCAACGGUAUCACGAUGUGGAAUGAUCUACCUGGAACCAAGCACACUGGGAUGGGAACCUCUUCUGGAAUCUUGGAAAAACACCCUACCGCCGGAACUUCACUCGGUUAACAAACAAGUAAUAACGCAGAUGUUCAUGCGAUUUUGUCCCAUUCUCCUGUGGUUCGUUCGCAAGGGCGGGGUAAGAGAGAUGAUGCCAACUUCCGACUCGAACCUGGUGAAGUCAGUGAUGAAUCUUUUUGACUGUUUCAUGGAUGACUAUCGUAACGAGACCUAUAUGAAAUCGGUGACCAAAGUGGACGUACGAGCACAGCUUGAAGGUGUGUUCUUCUUUUCCUGCAUUUGGGCUAUCGGCGGACCGCUAGAGACCGAGGGUCGAGAAAAGUUCAGCGAACUAUUCCGUGCCUUGACGGAAAAAGUGUUUCCACCGGAAAUCAAUGAUAAGUUCCAUAUCCCUCCAAGUAUUCAAGUUGAGAAUCUUGCCAAACCGUUCAUCUUCCAAAUACCCAAGGGCGGUACCGUAUUUGAUUAUCAUUUUAUUAAAGAAGGCAAGGGUAAAUGGCGACCGUGGGCUGAAGAGAUUGGACAAACUAUCAAUAUACAACGUGAUAUGCCAGUAAAUCAAAUUAUAGUCCCAACUGUUGAAACGAUAAGAAUUACCGCUCUUCUUGAGCUCUUGGUUCAGCACGGAAAGUACUUGCUGUUGGUAGGCCCAACUGGAACGGGCAAAAGCGUAUACACGAUCGACUUCUUACUGAAACGCAACGAUACUAACGUAUACAAACCACUGUUGAUCAAUUUCUCUGCGCAAACUUCUGCCAACCAAGUUCAGGAUAUUAUCAUGUCGAAGCUGGACAAGCGACGUAAGGGUGUCUACGGUCCUCCACUGGGGAAGAAAUGCGUCGUGUUCAUCGAUGAUGUUUCUAUGCCCCUGAAGGAGACCUAUGGAGCACAACCGCCGAUUGAGAUCGUUCGAAUGUUCCUAGAUCACUCGAUAUGGUAUGACAGGAAAGAAGUAGUUCCCAUGAAGUUGGUCGAUCUGCAGCUGAUGUGCGCUAUGGGACCACCGAGCACUGGUAAUACGGUUACGCCACGAUUUUCAAGACAUUUCAAUGCGAUCGCUCUGAACGAGUUCGACGAUGCCACGCUGAUUGGUAUCUUUAGCAAGAUCGUACUGUGGCAUUUGGAUACGCGAGGGUUCUCGAAGGAGUUUGACCCAUGCAUAGACGAGAUCGUAUUGUCCACGUUGCAGAUCUACAGAGAGGCGCGCAGGAAACUUCUCCCUACACCAGCCAAGUGCCACUAUCUGUUUAAUCUUCGAGACUUCUCUAGGGUGAUCCAGGGAGUUUUGCUAUCGGUACCUGAGGGAACGGAAAGUCUAAAUUCGAUUCGAAGAAUGUGGGCACAUGAAAUCAUUCGCGUGUAUGGUGAUCGACUGGUCGAUGAUAGUGAUCGAGAAUGGCUGUUUAACGAGCUGUGUACAGUUAUCGACAAGUAUAUGCACGAAGAUCCAAAGGACCUAUUUGAUAGGUUUGUAGAGGGUGGCCAGUUGAAGGAGCAGAAUUUGCGUGGGCUAAUGUUCUGCGACUUUACGAAUCCAAAAGCCGACACGAAGCUAUACUUGGAGGUGCAGGAUAUGGAAGAUCUUGGUUUUGUGGUGGAAUCAUACAUCGUCGAGUACAACAAUAUGUCCAAAAAACCGAUGACUCUUGUACUAUUCCGUUUCGCUAUCGAGCACUUAUCAAGAAUAUGUCGGAUCAUCAAACAACCACGAAGUCAUGCAUUGCUAGUGGGAGUAGGGGGAUCUGGAAGACAAUCGUUGGCCAGAAUUGCGUCGCACAUCUGCUCAUACGAGUUGUACCAGGUGGAAAUAUCAAGGCAGUACGGAAUGAUAGAAUGGCGGGAAGAUAUGAAAAAUCUGCUGAAGAAGGUGGUGUCCUCUGAUCAGCACAUUUGCUUUCUCUUCACGGACACCCAAAUCAAAGAGGAAACAUUCUUAGAAGACAUUAACAAUUUACUCAACUCCGGGGAGAUACCAAAUCUCUUUACUAAUGAAGAGAAAUCAGAAAUCAUCGAAAAAAUGAGGCAGAUUGAUCGACAGAAAGAAAAAUCUCAGCAAACGGACGGCACUCCGGUUGCACUGUUUAAUCUUUUUGUAACGAUCAUCAGGGACCAACUGCAUAUAGUGCUAUCGAUGUCUCCCAUUGGAGAUUUCUUCCGAAAUCGUGUGCGGAAGUUCCCGUCAAUUGUAAACUGUUGUACUAUCGAUUGGUUCCAACCAUGGCCCAAGGAUGCUUUGGUGGCUGUGGCCACUAAAUUCCUUUCUACGGUAGAGAUGCCCGAAAAAGAACGCAGUGUGUGCAUCGACAUGUGCAUGGAGUUCCAUACGUCGACUCAGGAACUGUCCGAUGAAUUCAUGAUUCGAUUGAACCGUCAUAAUUACGUGACCCCUACCUCUUAUCUAGAACUAAUCCAUACCUUCAAGACGUUGUUGGACAAAAAGAGAACGGACGUCCUAACCGGCAAGAAUCGUUACUUGACAGGGCUUAAACAGCUGGAGAUUGCAGCCCAACAGGUCGGGGUGAUGCAAGAACAGUUGGAGGCUGUACAGCCGCAGUUGAAGAUUGCUGCCGAGACAGUGGCCCAACAGAUGGCCAAAGUCCAAGCAGACAGUGAGGCUGCGGCCGUACAGAAGGAACUAGUCAAGAAGGACGAGGCUGUCGCGCAGGAAAAAGCAGCCGCUGCCAAUGCGAUCAAAGAGAUUUGUGACGCCAAAUUGGCCGACGCGAUGCCGAUUUUGAACACAGCUCUUGCGGCUCUGAACACGUUAACCGCGGCGGAUAUUACCAUCGUCAAAACGAUGAAAAGUCCACCAAUCGGAGUGAAGAUCGUCAUGGAGGCGGUCUGCAUCCUAAAAGACUUGAAACCGGAUCGUGUUCAGGCCCCGUCUGGAAUGGGUAUGGUGGAGGACUAUUGGGGUCCAGCGAAGAAGCUUCUGGGUGAUAUGAAGUUUUUGGAAGGAUUAGUAAACUUUGAAAGAGACGACAUCCCUCCAAGAAUCAUUCAGAAGCUGGAGGAGAGAAUUUUGAACAACGAGAAUUUUGAUCCUGAUAAGGUCAAGACUGCUUCCACUGCUUGUGAAGGCCUGUGCAAGUGGGUGAUUGCUAUUGCGAAAUAUGAUAAAGUCGCAAAGGAAAUAGCCCCCAGGAAGCUCGAGCAAAAGGAAGCUGAGGCCAAGAGCAACGCGGCUGUAGCAUUACUCAAUGAGAAGUUGGAACAGUUGGCAAUUGUGGAGGAGAGUUUGGCUGAACUCCAAAGAAAGCUGGAUGAGCAGGUUCAACAGCAUGCCAAGUUGCAAGCAAAUGUCGAGCUAUGCAUGAAGAAGCUGGAACGUGCAACAGAGAUCAUAACCGGUUUGGGUGGUGAGAAGGAUCGCUGGGAACAAGCCGCCGAAAACUUGGGUCGAGUGUACGAUAACCUAACAGGAGACGUUCUAAUUGCAUCGGGAGUCGUAGCUUAUCUUGGUCCGUUCACAAUACAGUUCCGAGCGCAACAGAUCAAACGGUGGAUUAGUAGUUGCAUGACAAGAGGAAUUGUAUGUUCGCAAGAUUUUCAACUGGCGAACGUGUUGGGUAAUCCAGUUGAUAUUAGAGCUUGGAAUAUAUUUGGAUUGCCCAGCGACGCAUUUUCUAUAGAGAGUGCAAUUAUCAUUCACAAUGGACGUCGUUGGCCUUUGAUGAUAGAUCCACAAGGACAGGCCAACAAAUGGGUUCGCAAUAUGGAGAAAGCCAAUCGUAUCUGUAUCAUUCGGUUCAAUCAGCCAGAUUAUACGAGAGUUUUGGAAAAUGCCAUUCAGUUUGGCCUACCCGUAUUGCUUGAGAAUGUCGGAGAAGAGAUUGAGCCUUUGCUGGAACCCAUACUGCUCAAACAAGUUUUUCGACAAGGCGGAACCAUGUGCAUUAAGCUGGGCGAUUCCAUUAUUGAAUAUAACGACUCCUUCAAAUUUUACAUAACAACAAAACUUCGCAACCCUCACUACCUGCCAGAAAUUGCCGUAAAAGUUACACUGUUGAACUUCAUGAUCACCAAAACGGGUUUGCAAGAUCAGCUGCUCUCGAUAACGGUUGCCAGAGAACGUCCCGAUCUAGAAACGGAAAAGAAUGCCCUCAUUGUACAAGGCGCAGAGAAUAAGCGUCUGCUGCAGGAGAUAGAAGACAAAAUCUUGCAAGUGCUCAGCUCUGAAGGCAAUAUUCUCGAAGAUGAAUCGGCUGUGUCGGUCCUAAGUUCUUCGAAGACGCUAGCCAACGAAAUCAACGAAAAACAGAUGAUUGCCGAAACGACUGAACGUCAGAUCGAUAUCGCUCGGUUGCAGUAUACCUCGAUCGCCGCCCAUUCGACGAUCCUGUUCUUUACAAUUGCAGACCUGGCGAACAUCGAUCCGAUGUAUCAGUACAGUCUGAAUUGGUUUGUCAAUUUGUUCACGGCAGCGAUCGAUAACACUGAAAAGGUUGACGAAGUCCCGGCCCGGUUGGAGGAUCUUAGGACCUACUUCACCUACAGUCUGUAUGAGAAUAUCUGCAGAAGCUUGUUUGAGAAGGACAAGAUUUUGUUUUCGCUACUUCUCACCACGAAUCUGCAGUUUGAACGGGGCGAGAUCGAUAGGACAGAGUUCAUGUUCUUGCUAACGGGUGGCGUUGGCUUAGAUAAUCCCGAGACUAAUCCAGCUGAAUGGCUACCUAGCAAAAGCUGGGAUGAAAUUUGCAGAUUAACAGCUUUCGAGACGUUCAAAGGUCUCAAAGAACAUGUUGUUGGAAAUCUGAGACGCUGGAAGGCUUUGUUCGAUGACGAUACCCCAGAAUGUGCUGAGCUUCCUGAGCCGUGGAAGUCGAACUUGACCUCUUUCCAGAAAUUGCUCAUUUUGAGAUGCUUCCGCUCGGAUAAAUUGGUUCCGGGAAUUGAGCUAUACGUUGAAGGUAUUCUGACUAGAAAAUACGUUGAGCCACCGCCAUUUGAUUUAUCUGCAUCGUACGACGAAUCAAACUGUUGCGUUCCACUGAUAUUCGUCCUAACACCGGGAGCUGACCCUACAGCGACCCUGCUUCGUUUUGCCGACACCCAAGGUAUCGGGUCGAAUCGCCUUUUCUCACUGUCACUUGGACAAGGACAAGGACCCAUCGCAACCAAAAUGAUUGAUGAGGGGACCAAGUUUGGCAACUGGGUACUACUUCAGAACUGCCAUCUUGCGCAAAGCUGGAUGCCAACAUUGGAGAGAAUUUGUGAAAGCUUCCAACCUGAUACUACCCAUCCGGAUUUCCGCUUAUGGUUGACAUCGUAUCCCACGGAGCAUUUUCCUGUGGUUGUUUUACAGAACGGUAUCAAAAUCACCAACGAACCACCAAAAGGGCUUAGAAUGAACAUUGUUCGGUCUUACAUGAGUGAUCCCAUCUCCAAUGUGGAGUGGUUCGAGGCAUGCAAGCAGUCUGCGAAUUUUAAAAAGCUUCUUUUUAGCUUAUGCUUCUUCCACGGUAUUGUUCAGGAGAGACGCCACUUUGGUCCAAUUGGAUGGAAUAUACCAUACGAGUUUAACGAAACUGACCUCAGUAUCAGUUUGACGCAAUUGCGCAUGUUUUUGGAUGAAUACGAAGAAGUUCAAUACGUAGCGCUGCGAUACUUGACUGGUGAAUGCAACUAUGGUGGACGAGUGACGGACGAUUGGGAUCGGCGAUGUUUGAAUACGAUUUUGGCCAAGUUUUACAGUGAAAAGGUCUUGGAUGAGGAAGGAUACGUGCUGGAUGAACAGGGUCUGUACAAGAUUCCAGAAUUGAAAGAGCACGAAGAAUUCAUGACAUAUAUCAAGGAAUUGCCGGUGAUUGCCAAGCCGGGCGUAUUUGGUCUUCAUGAAAAUGCCGAUAUUGUUAAGGAUCAAAAGGAAACUGAUUCUCUGUUGACGAACGCAUUGAAAACACAGGAUCGUACGGAUCGCUACGAGAUGAAGCUUCUUAUGGAUCGCAAGACAACAAGUACGGGAGCUUUCCGAGAAACACCUGCUGAAAUAGUGGUCCGGGUGUCAACCGACAUUCUGAGACGUCUGCCGAAGGAGUUCGAUCGGGAUGCAACUUUGGAGAAAUAUCCUACCAGUUAUCAUCAGAGCAUGAAUACUGUCCUGGUGCAAGAAAUGGUGCGGUUCAACCAACUGCUCACUUGUAUUCGUAAUAGUUUGACUACUGCUAGCAAAGCCAUGCAAGGAUUGGUGGCAAUGUCUCCGGAUAUUGAAGAAGUGGUCGCUUCCGUACUGGUUGGGCGUAUUCCGGCACUUUGGGCUAAGCGAUCCUAUCCAAGCUUAAAGCCAUUGGGAAGCUAUAUAAUGGAUUUCGUGGCCAGGUUGCAAUUUUUGCAGAGAUGGUAUGAUGAUGGGCCUCCUGUAGACUUUUGGAUAUCUGGAUUCUUCUUCACACAAGCUUUCCUAACGGGAGCCCAGCAAAAUUAUGCUCGAAAGUAUGUAAUUCCGAUUGACCUGUUGACGUUCGACAAUACCGUACUUACGGAAGCCAAGUUCGAGGACCCUCCAGAAGACGGAGUUUAUGUGUACGGCUUGUUUUUGGAAGGUGCUCGAUGGGAUAAGAAAAAAGGUUACUUACAAGAGUCGUUCCCGAGAGUUUUAUACGAUACAAUGCCUCAUCUAUGGUUGUUGCCACUGAAAAAGGAUGAUCUUGUUUUACGUCACACCUACAAUUGUCCUGUAUACAAGACAGCGGAGCGACGCGGCAUUUUAUCGACCACUGGACACAGUACCAACUUCGUAGUUUCUCUAAAUUUGGAUUGUGACCCAUCGACUGAACCUGAACAUUGGAUACGGCGAGGAACGGCACUUUUAUGCCAGCUGAGUCAUUGAUCGAAAUUAACAACUAAUAGUCAGUAGAUUCGUGGUGUUUCUUUUCUAUACAUUUUUGAUUACCUUUUGAGGAAGAAUAUGAGUCACAACUUUAAAACGAUGGUGUACAUUUAUUUUAUAAUAAAAUUUAACAUUCAUAAUCGAAAAUAUAAUCUGUGCAGCUCUCUAAAAUAA